GACCCGGACACAGCUCCACUGUUAGCAGACAACUCUCGCCCCCCGGCGGUCUGACAGUGGCUUUAAAUGGACGGAGGCUCCGCAGCACCGGGCUCGGUGAGCGGCUGAGAGCAGCGGCUCGGUGAGGGACUGUCACAGACACAUGACAGCCAACUUCAGCUGCGGGGAGAGGCGCGCCAUGGCAGCCCAGCCGAGUGUAUUCAACGAAGAAAGGCACCUUCUUCGUCUCCGAGCAUGGAAAUUGAGGAACCAAGAAGCCAGCCAAGCCAAAGAACUCAACCCUGAGAAAGUGCCUCUCUUUGCGGAACCAUACAAGACAAACAAAGGGGACGAGCUUUCCAAUCGGAUCCAGAGGAUGCUGGGCAGUUACGAAGAUGUGAACAAUCCAUGUCCCCUCACCAUCGAGCCUUCAUCCAUUCCUAGUUAUGUAACCGUCUCGCAGUCAGAUCAGGGUCAGACAAACACAGAUAAAUCAACCAAAGGUCCAUUCCACAACCAGGUCCAUUACAUGCCAACCUUAAACCAGAAAUGCCCCUCUAGUAGCAGUUACUCCUCCCAGCCUGUGACGAUGUCCGCAUUGUCUUCUCCACACGGACAUGGACAUUCAUCCACUGUCAUAAAGACAUCCUCGAACCACAGUCAUCCUGGAAACUCAGGGCAGCAACAGAAGAAGAGUGAAGUCUUCUCAGAUGUCAAGGUACAUGUCAGCCUUCCCCAGGAAAUGUCUGCUCAGUCUCCUGAUGUUAAGCCGCAAGCGUUCCUACAUUCCAGUAACGACAACAACACUGACACUAAGGAUACCUUCGAUAGACAUCAGCAUCAGGAGUUCUCAGAUCAUCCAUCUGGGUCCACCAGCACCAUGGACUUUACCACACUGAACAUUAAGCUGUCCCCUAAAGAUGCAGCUGUGACUCAAGCCACGAAAACAAACGCACUACCCUCCCAGACCUUCCCCCCACUCCUGUCGUCUAAGCAGCCCAGCGUAGUCAUGACCCAGAAGCCAACAGCCUAUGUGCGGCCCAUGGAUGGUCAGGACCAGGUGCUCAGUGAUUCGCCUGAGCUGAAACCUUCGCCACAGCCAUACGCACCUUUGUUAAUCAGCAAGUCCAACCCGGGGAAAAUAAAGAUACUGCCACAGUUCAUGGAGACAAGGACAAAUGAAGCUCAGUGUGUUGAGGACAUCUUGAGGGAAAUGACCCACUCAUGGCCUCCUCUUCUGACAGAUAUACCCACAACAAGCAUAGACAAAUCCUCCAAAUCCCUGUUCUCAGCCAAGGAAGCAGUGCACGUCUCUUCAUGCCCGGGACAAAAAAGUUGUGUCUCUCCUCCUCCUACUCCUCCUCCUCCUCCUCUUACAGAUCCACUGCAGCUCAACCAGCAGAGCGCCUUAUCCCUCAAAGCUGCGGCACAUUCCAGCGGGGUAGAGUCAGCCAGCUCUAGCGACUCAGAGAGCAGCUCAAGAUCAGAGUCGGACAGUGAAAGCACCACAGGAGAGCCCCCACUAAGCAGCACAGUUAAAACUGAGCCUGAUGCUCCAGCGGUGAGCCGUGGUGACUGGCAGUUGGGGAACUGGAUCAGGUCCAACCAACAGAACUCGAGCACUGACUGUCAAGCUGGUACCCAUGUGUCUGAGAGCCCCUCUCACAAACGGCUGUUGCCCACUCAAAGCUCCAAGCACUCCAGCGUAGAAUUGGUCGACCCGACCAGGGAUUCUAAGCCUCAGCUUCCUACUCACCAAAAUGAGCUUGGUGACAACCAUGCAAAGCUCCAGCAGUGCAGAGAAAGCCAUCAGGACAACCAUCACCAGCAGAGUAGCAAAAAAUGCCCUUCUGCUGAUUCCAGGAGGCCGUCAUGCAAGACGCACUCCUUGAAGCCAGCAAAGGAGGGCUUCCAGGAUCCCAGUGACGCAGCUGUCAGUGUUAAGUGUGAGGACGUCGUAGCCACAAGAGGAAAAGACCUGGGUUUCACAGACAGGCCCAAGGUAAAGACGAAAACAAGACACUGCAAGAAAAGCAAGGAUGGUGACUCUAAACAUGACAGCAAAAGGACUUCUAAACACAUGUCCCUUGACAAGCGGAAGGUUGGAUUCGAGCCUGAAGUCAAGGUGGUUCUGAAAAGUCUUUGUCAAUCUUGUGGGGUGAAAUAUCCCAACCCUUGCUUCUGCCCCACACAGACUGCUGCUCAGCCUGAAGAGCCAUCUCCUGACCAACCUGUAAAAAUCCCCUGUAGCAAACCCAAGGCAGAGACUAUCUGCCAGAAGGGAAACAAGAGACCUAAAAAAACAUCCCAAAAACACUCAGAGAAGAGAGCGCAAACAGCCAAUGGUUCUCAGGACCUCCACAGGCCUCCCAUAUCCCUGCUGGUGAGGAUCGAUCUAAGUCUGCUCUCAAGAGUCCCCCAGACAUCCGGCAACAAGCAGAAGAUACCCAGCAACGCAAAGAGACCAGCGCUGGUUGUCGAGCCAGAUGGAACGGGCGGUGAUGUCUCUAUAACACACAAACCCAGCAAAAGCAGCAAAAAAAGCACAACUCCAAAUGUUGAGGGAGACAAUAAAAAUCUACCCAGAAAGAAAAGGCGGCUGGAAAACAAGAAUACCUCUUCAGCUCAUCCUUCUAUCAAAAUGGAAAGCUCCAGCAAUCCAGCGGAGGAUCGGGAGACAAAGAAGGCCAAGAAGACGCCUGUGUCUACAACACUCAAAGACUCGGCUAAAGACUCAAAGUUACACAAACGCUGCUCUGCGGAGACUCUGGAGUCCAGUAAGGAGGCUGCAAAGAGCAAGGACUCCGGCAAGCACAAGAAGAGGAGUGAAAAACACACAGAGCGCCUCCACUCUGAAAAGCUAAAGCCUCCAAAGUUCCGCCCCACGGUCCCAUCGUCUUCACAGUCCAACAAGGCAGUUUUGAUCAAUAGGCCCUUGCUCAGGUUUGAGGACAGGCCGUAUCCAGUGAAGCAAUCCAUAAAGGAGGCAAAACGGCUGAAGCACAAAGCAGAUGCAGAGUCAGAUAAGCUCAGUAAAGUUUUCAACUACCUGGAUGCUGUCAUGUUCUUUGUUGAGAGUGGCAUUGCUAUGGAAAAAGAUCCACAGAUUUCAAUGUCUUCCUACACCAUGUUUGAAGAGACAGUCGACCUCCUCAAGUUUAUCCUGAAACUUAAAAACACAGUGGACCCCUCUGCUCCGCCCUCAGAAAAGGACUUUUUAGUUUUAUGUUUGAAGUGCCAGUCUCUCCUGCAGAUGGCCAUGUUUCGCCACAAAUACAAAACUGCACUCAAGUAUUCAAAGACACUGACUGAUCACUUCACUAAUUCUGCUCAGGCACCACAUGAUCCUUCUGUCUUCACAGCAAGUGCUGCAGACACCCCGUCCCCGAUGCCUGACGUCCCGUCUCCUGCCAGCACGUCCACAAGCUCAGGUCCCGGCUCCAACCACAGCGGCAGCGGGUCGAUAGCGGGCCCCCUCAGUGGCAUGGUGGCGGUUCCCCAGGCUAUAGAACAAAUAGCAUUCACCUACGUCAAAAUCACCUCGUUGUUCGUGAGCGCUCAUGACCUCUGGGAGCAGGCGGAGGUGCUGGUGAAUAAAGGCAGCGGUUUGCUGACGUCGCUGGACACUGUUAUGGGCCCACUGAGUCAAACCUCCACUCUGAACACUAUGGUCCGAUACACACGACAGGGCGUCUACUGGCUGAGGCUGGACAGCCAAAAGGUAAAGUGACCAACAGCCUGCUCCCCCUGCUGGACACCUGCAAACCCCCCCCUGCCUCCACUUCACUUCAGUGUGCUUCACCGCGAUCCCCACCUGAACUGUCCCUCAGGCGUCUUGUUCCUUUCCUUCACACGGACGUCUCUUUACAAACACAUGGAUGUCAUCUCAUGUUUGUUUUUAAGGCUGGUUUUGGAAUUUUUUCCCCAGCAAGGAAUACACAACACUGACCAUUGCACUCGUAAUUUAUUAUUUUCUGUCAUGUUCACUUUUGGAGUCUCUUUAUUUCUCUCUGAUGUGAUCUACACAUUUUAUUUCUCGGAAGGUUUGACGUUCCUCCUUGUUCCACCUCACCACUUCCCAGUUUCGGCAACAAAUUUAGGUUUAUUUCUCUUAAAAAGAGAUUUAAGUUUCCCUGUUUCAGUCUGAAAGAUUGUUUGAUUUUGGGUAACAGGGAGUCUGUAGUUUGUAUAGUCAACAUUUCUUUCUCCCACAAAUCUGGAUCCUUGUGUAUGAGACUCAUGAGAAACCCAGUUUGCAUGUCACUUUUCUUUAAGUCAAAUAUGACUGACAAAAAGUUCAUGAAAUUGGUUGCAAAAGCACCAAAGUUAAGUCACCAUUAAGUUUAUUCAUUUCAGCUCGUUCCUUGUUUGCAUCAAAUUGUCAAUAUUUUCAAUGCCGUCACAUUUCUUGUGCAAUAACAAUAAGUGCAUUAAUAACAAUAAACUAAAAAAAGUGCCAUACUGGUGAUGAGACAUAAGAUGAAAUACAUUCACUGCAUGUAGGUUGGAUUAUGUGCAGAUUAAUGAGACAAACAUCAAUCUGGACACCAUCAAAUCAAACAGAGCAGAGAAGCUUCUUUUUAAUUUAGGUCAUUUAAGUAAGCAUUGUUGUUUUAGGUCUGACCUCUUUGCUCCUGAAUGAAAUGUGUCUCUUGUGCGUGUCGGAGCGACUGAUGGUAGGAAACCUGAGACGUGAGAGACCAGUGACCCGUGUUGCAGAUGCUGUUUCUGGCUGUAGCACUGUCAGUGGUAAUGACUGAGGGUGACUUAUUUGUCCACCCAAAGUUGAUUUGCUGUUAUUCUCAUCAUCCUGUUACAGAAUUUGCACUUGUGCCCUUUUUUUCAGAAACCAUCUUAAAUGACCGGUUAAUUUUUCUGUGUUUUGUCCUAUAAACGAUUUUCACAUCUUUCCUCUUGUCCACACUGUCUGUGAACAGAUCCAUUCUAAAGGGGAAGAUAAACUCCAAAGUGAAUCCUUAACUAUUAUGAGGCUUGAGCAGCCUGAGUCCAACAAACCAAGGAAGGCAUUUUCUAAAGUUAGACCUCAUAGACCGGAAAUAAAGAUAGGGUGUCCACUUUCUCCCAUUUACAGGAAUGAGGUAUUCACAUAGAGUUCAACUUUGGUGAACUUUGACCUACGAUAUACACUUUGCAUUUGUGGCUGUGUGACUGUGCCAUAGGAAGGAUUCUCUCCUCAGUUAGUAUGAACAGAGGGAACCAAUAACUCACUUCAGUUUACACAUGGGCAUGUUGGUAUUGUUUAAAUAUUGAAUUUAAAAACAUUGAACCUGGCCUUUAAGCACAGAUGUGUCUUACAACAACUCAACUUUCCCCAAAAAACGGAAUCAUAUGACAUCUCUGACUUUCCGUACACACAGUUGUGGAUUUAAUGGUUUUAAUUGGCUGCGCUUAUCAUGGACGACCACAAUCAUUUAACUGAAAAGAAACUACAUUUGUGUUCCCUUGUUUGUUUUUGCACUAGUAGGCUGCUUCCCUACAUGUUUCAUACACUAAAGUUGAGAAGAAGAAAUGGCUAAGCUUAUUUAAAAAAUAAAAAUACAAAAAAAUAAACACUUUUGUGAGUAUUUCUAUUUAAUUUAAUUUGUACAGAAAAACACCACGUACCGGCAGGACUGUGUUAGUCUUCACUCUCUGUUUGUUGUAUCUUGAUUCUAAGCAAUAAAGUAUGAGUUUCUUUAGCUCAAAGUUUGAAUCAGUGGAUGUCAUGCUGUAGUUAUCGUCAGGUCUUAUUGAUUCACUGGGGGGGGGGGGUUAAACUAAUCAGUAUGAAAUCAAUUAUUCGAGAAAGGAAACAUUGGUUUAGCUAAACACAUUCAAAUAUCACAUUUCUUGAAAUUAGCUUCCUACGGUUGGGAGAUUUAGUUGCCUGUUGACUCAGUUCAUGUAAUUAUUGGCUAAAAAGGGCUGAACAAGGUCCACAAAGUGUUCCUGGAUAUAUGUUUCUCAUAUUCACGAUUAUUUUAACCAUUUGCCACGGAAGGAGGGAUUUUGUUUACAUGCAUAUGAUGACAUAUUGUAUUGAUCUUUACACUGCACAAUAAGUGAAAACGCAAAACCUGGCAUUCGACAUUCAUGACUAGUGCAAUCUGUUUUUUUUAUGUUCCUGGGUCUUGUCUUUCCAACCUGUGGCUUUGUUUUCAUCACCGGGUGUCGGUGCUUCAUUUCUGAAUUUCUCUGAAAACAAGUUUACCUUUCUUGUCCAAAUAUCAUUUACUGGAAAAAUGAUCACGUAGGUUUUUGAAGGAUGCUUUUUUUUCCUUUUUGUGAAAUAUGUAAAGAAUUUGUGUUGCAGUGUACACAGAUGAAUUAAACACUGGAAAUUAA